AAGAGCUCUUUCCACACACUCGAACAGAACAGAAACACCACAAAAUGCCGGCGGGCCACGGGCAGAGGGCGCGCACUCGGGAUCUCUUUGCGCGGCCGUUCAGGAAGAAGGGUCCGACCCAUCUUUCGACCUAUCUCCGGAUCUACAAGAUCGGGCAAUACGUUGAUGUCAAAGUUAACGGGUCGAUCCACAAGGGUAUGCCUCAUAAGUUCUACCAUGGGCGUACUGGUCGUGUGUGGAACGUCACCAAGCGCGCUGUUGGCGUAGAAGUUAACAAGCAGGUUGGUAACAGAAUCAUAAAGAAAAGAAUACAUGUCCGUGUGGAACAUGUCCAGCCAUCACGGUGCCAUGAGGAAGUCAUGCAUAGAAUCAAAAGGAACGACCAGUUGAAGGCAGAGGCAAAGGCACAAGGUAAAAUUAUUAGUACCAAGAGGCAGCCGGAAGGACCAAAACCUGGUUUUAUGGUAGAAGGCGCUACUCUUGAAACCGUCACUCCAAUUCCUUAUGAUGUGGUCAAUGAUCUCAAGGGUGGUUACUAAGACUUGGCUGGAGGAUGGGGGGGUUUCUUUUUCUUAGCCUGUUUUUUGGAAUUUGUUGCAUCAGACUUGUUCUUUGUUCUCAUUUUUGUACUGUAUUCAUCUUGAUGAUGGGCAAGGAGUGGGAAGUGAUAUCUUAGUCCAAUUUUGCAGCAGAAUGAUACUUGACCUAAUUAAUACUAGCAACUGUUUGGUGUUACAUGAUAUUACAACUUUUCUUGAAUGAGCUCAAGAUUAUUUUCAUUA